AUAUUGAGGUGUAACUAACACAAAUAACCGGGAGUUAUAAAAUAUUGACCGUCAAGGUUGAGGUGCCUGUUUUGUGUUCUCUGUUUCCAGGUAAAAGUGGCUGCAUUGUUUUAUUUAUUUGUAACAUGAUCACAUACAAGAAAUAAACAUCCCUUAUUUCGGUCUUCAUGUUCACAGUAAUAGCCUUUCGAAGAGACCACAAUAUAUGAACGCCCUUUGAGCAGCGCUAAAAUGACCUUGAAAAUGUCCACCUACGAAAUAGCACUAAAUAAGGGUUAUAAUACAGUGUGAGGAAUUGCAAUUAUGAUUUGCAGUUGAUAUUUAGGGUUAGGGAUUAGAUUAAGGUUUUUCAUCAUGAAAUUACAUCACCUAUGAUGCCGAAACACUAUUUAGCCAAAUGAUUCCAGUCUCUCUAUUUUGGGAGUUUUCCUCAAAGUUUGGGGAAAUUAAAAAGUUUUGUGCCAUUUCCCCAAAAUUUUCUAUGGCGGUUUCCCCGCCAAAAUAUGGGACCUGUUAUCUUAAAUCUGAUUGGUUCGUCCACAAAACAUAAUCUCGUCAUCCUUUUUCCAAACAAAUAAGUACCUCAACAGUCAAUUUAGAAUUCGUUAGUUUCAUGUUACGCACUACUUUUGCCCUGUUUCUUCAAUCCCCUUAUAAUUUUGUAUCUUCAAUUAUACCUCUGAAUUGAUUGCCAGAAUUUUAAGCACAUAUACUUUAUCCAUUCUCUAACCAUGAAUUGUUUUUGUGUCAUUUGACCUCACUUAGGUGAGUUUGAGCCUGCCUAAUUGUUAAAUCAAUUACAUGCAGUCGAGAAAUCCAAGUGUAUUUUGGUAUGGUAAUAGCUUCCAAUCACAACCCAACACCUAGGUUAGUUUAGAGACAUUUUGAAUGACGAUCUGCUCUAUUGCAAAAAUUUUGUAGAUCUAAAAACGUAGUAUGUUGAUGAUAGAUUCUCCGUAAUAGACAGUUUAAUAGUAAAUACAUUGCCUGUCGCCGGCGUAACUUUACCUAGACAUCUCAUUGUUGCAAUGACGUUAUCUAAAUCUUAUUGAAGCCUAAGACCUUGAUCUUUUCAAAAAUUCCACCCAACUUGUGUAAGUAAAUUUUCCCGUAGUUGAUUUUGUUGACUCAUAUUUGUAAAUCUUGCUAUAUGCGUAACGUGGGCUGCAUUGUUCUAGUCUUAAGGUGUAGUUCACCAAUCUGUACUAUGAAAUUCUUUUGUCAGGGUUAUUUAAUGAAUCACUAUUACCUAGUUGAUGUUACAUAUUCAAAAUGACAUUGCGAAAUUGAGUAACUGUUUAUUCAAGUACUAUUCACUUAUACUCUCUGUUGUACUUAACAAUCAAACUGUCUCAAAUGAAUCUAAGAUGCAAAAUCAAUUUACAAAAUCAACCGUUGGUUUGAGCCGUGUUUAUAGUUACCGACUACCUUGGGGUUCACGCAAUCCUGGUUAAUAUGACAAUGUCAUAGAGGCACCUUUGUAUUUUCCCCUUAAAUUCCAUUAAAUUUGAAUCCUCUGCAUUCUCUCAUAAGUUGCUUCUUUUUGGCCAUAUUUAUUUAUACUUACUACUUCUCGUUAUCAUUAAUCCUAUUAUUUUGACUUCUUUGCUAUGAAUUUUUUCACUGGUUUACCAAUUGUUCUAAAUGAUCUACAAUUCAUAAAACCUUGUUAUACAUAUUGUCAGAUAUUUUUGCGAUAUUCAGACCAAUACGUACUUCAUUCUAGUUACUUCAAAUUCAUUUAUGAAUAGUUAAUUUCUCUUGUCAUACGUCAAAAAAUUUGAUGAGUGAAUUUUGGUUGUAGUCUCACUUCUUUACUAUUAGUAUCACAUAUUAGUAAAAUAAACCUUAUAACAUCGGUUUGUUAUGAAUCUCCUCACCGUGUUGUUUUAUGCUGAAACCAACACUGCAUAAUGUUAUUUAUUUUCAUUUGGGGAUAUCUUCGUUCUGUAUUUUUGUUGUCCUAGUAAUAUAGGGUAACAAUGACAAGGGGUAGGAAGUCCUUGCUUUCUGGUAUGAAACUGUCCUACACUUGUGAAUGGUCAAACUGCCGUAAUACAUACAAUAACGAAAAUCUACUCAAGUAUCACCAGCUGCAACACUUUAGAGAACUAUGUGAGCAACCUUCACAAGGUUCACGUCUUCCUGUCUGUGGCAUAUGUAACGCCUCCUUAAAUAUAACUGAUGUUGAUGGGAUUGAAAGGCAUUCGUUUUUUCAUUCAUGGGUUAACCAACUGAAAGCUAUUGGGAAACAUAUUUUGGAAGUAAAUGACUGGCCUGUAUGUUUAUCCGACCCAGUAUCAUGUAAUUUGAUCCCCGAACUUCCAACCAAAUUCGAGUGUGGUUGGGAAUAUUGUGAUUUUAAAACCAACGAUGUUUGUGUAUUUAUUACUCAUGUAUCAAGACACCCAGAGGAGUAUACCGAUUCUCGAUAUCCUACAAAUGUACAGUUAAAAUGUUUAUGGGAGAAUUGUACAUAUAUGGCUAAUCGUUUAAGGAAUCUUUCAAGUCAUUUGGAUACUCAUACUCAAGCCAAACGUGCAGCUUGUCCUACAUGUGGUUUAUUGCUUGUUGAUUUCCGUAAAUUAGAAGAUCAUCUUAAACGCCAACAAAUUCAUUUAUUAAAUAAAAGCACCAACUUUAAGGAGAACUUGCAUCAUUCGGUCAAGCCUGUGAAAUGCAGUCGUUGUCGAAAAGUAUUCAGUACACAAAGAUUAUUGAUGUCACAUAUGAAAAGACAUAUCAAUACAGUGAAAUGCCCUUUUUGUGAUAUGACUGUCUGGAGCAAGUCAGCUCUAGAACGUCACAUUUUAUUUCGACAUUCAAAUGAGAAGCCAUUUAAAUGUCCAUACUGUAAUUUUACAUUUAAACUUACCAGUUGUUUAACGCGGCAUUUAAGUUCUAGACAUAAAAUUUAUGAAUCAAAUGAAAAUGAUAAGAAGUCAACUGAUCCAGUUGUGCCGGAUACUACUCAAUCUGAUUUAGUUGGUGAAAAAUGGCCUCACUCCAUAUCUAUUGCUCCAAUCCAUGGACCAUUAGCUCAAGCGGGUGCCUUACCAAAUGUUCAAGCAGAUAUUUCAACCCCUACAGACAAUGAUACUACUCCUUGUGCAAUAGUGGAUGUAUUUGUCUGUCCUCAUAAUGAUUGUAAUUUCAAAACUAACAAAAGAAAUGGUUACCUUGUUCAUAUUGGUCGUAAACAUCAUCCACUUCCAUCUAAUUCAUCACUAGAGUCAUCAUCAGAUCGUCCAUAUAGUACCGAUAACUCACCAAAUACUUCUAAAGAACGUUUAUAUAAGUGUCAUAUGUGCUCUGUUGUUAAACGACGGGGUAACGAAUUAUCAAAGCAUUUGGUGAGAGAUCAUCAUUUAGCUCGUCCUUCUGGGCAUGUCCGUUUUACUUACACUAUUUCAGAUGAUGGACAUUAUCGCCUUCAGUUAACUCGUCUUGAUACUGUACGUGUCGCUGCUCAACUGCUUGGCGAGACAGUUGUUAGUAAAUUACUCGUUGAGACAAGGAAUCAACAGUUGUCCAUCUGUGAAUAAAAAUUUUUUACAAUCAUUUCAAAUAUAUAUCUUUAUCACAAUCACUUCCCCAUAAUGUUUUACCCACUUUGUACAGGUUCUUCGAUUGAUAUAUUCAGACACCUCAAUAAACCAUGCUUUUAAUCUGUUUAAUUUAGCUUCUUUAUUUUGAUGUUUUUUGUGUUCAAUAUAAGGUUUUUUGUCG